AUGCCAGUACGGCUACAAAAAAUUUCGGGAAAAGGACUUGGCAGACAUCUUUUGUUCACAAAUACGGCAAUAAGUUGUGCUCAAAUCGGGACAGCCGACCUAAUGCAACAAUUAUUUCACGGUGAUUUUCAACGUAAUGGUUGGGACCAUUGGCGAACAGCACGAAUGGCAGCGAUUGGACUCGUGAUGGGUCCGAUGCUUCACUGUUUUUAUCGUGUACUGGAUUCGAGGCAAUUUCAUGGUGGACGGCGAAAAGUCGUAACGAAAAAAUUGUGCUGUGAUGCCGCAUGCAUGCCGAUCUUUUCGUUUACAUUCAUGACAGUUGGUGGUCUUCUUGAAGGAUCAUCACUUUCAUCGGCUUUCAUGGAAUAUCGCAAAAAAAUGUGGCAUAUUUUCAAGGUAGACCUAUCAAUUUGGCCGCCAGCGCAAUUUAUUUCAUUCUGGUUUUUACCACCGUCGUUUCGGGUUGUUUAUGUGAACAUUGUGUCAUUAAUUUACAAUUUUGUAAUGUCAUAUAUAAAAAAUAACGAUAUAGCAGAAAUAGAAAGAAACAAAUAA